GACAGAUGUUGACAAGGAAGUCUCUUCUGAAACCACGUUCAGAUAGAUUUCUGCUAACUGCCCAGAUAAAUAGGAGCAGAGGGCUGGUCACCUCUGUAAUAACCACCGGCAGCAGUAGAAGAAACCGCAGCUUCAGACGCAGCCAGAGAGACUUCUGAGCAGCGAAGGCGCUGCCUGCCUAAGCUGCCUGGCCGGGCGGCUGCCCCAUAGCCGGCUUCGCCGAGGCCCUCUCUCUUUCCUUCUUUCCUUAUCACUUCUUUCUUCUCGGUGGACUUCAGGCCACUUUUGUCUCCCACCCCCACUCAGCUCCUCGCCUCCUCCCUCUUCCUUCUCCAUCUCUCCCCUCGCCCCCCUUCUCUCGGUGUUACGCUCCGUCCUAGUUCCGAGCGUCGGCAAACUUUUGAACAGAAUAACAGGACUCCGAAAACAAGUCCUCCAGCUCCUCCCGCGGCUCCGGCUCGUUCCUGCGGCUUCUGCUCAGACGCUAACGCCAGACGGCGAUGCCUCUUGGGUUGUGACUGCAGCGCAAACUUGGAGAAGCCCUUUGCCCGCCGUCCUACUUGGCAGCAAACCCUCUCCUGGCAGCGAAUGGCCAUGUGUAGCGGAGCGAGGCUGGCCCUGCUCGUUUACGGGAUCCUGAUGCACAGCAGCGUCUACGGCUCACCUGCCGCCGCCGGACUCCGGUUCCCGGGGAUCAGGCCGGAGGACGAGGUGUACGACGAGGACGGAAACCCGCAGCAGCAGGACGUCUACGACUCAGAGCCGCCGGGCGUGGGAAGCCCUGCCUCCGCGCUGCGCGAUGCCUACGCGCUCUACUACCCCGCGGAGGAAAGAGAUGUCGCCCACGGGAUCCUUAAUAAGGCCUACCGCAAAGUGCUGGACCAGCUGUCCGCCAGGAGAUACCUGCAGACGCUCAUGGCCAAGGGCUUGGGUGGGACCCCGGGCGGCGGCGCGGACGACGACUCGGAGCCGCUCUCCAAGCGCCACUCGGACGGCAUCUUCACUGACAGCUACAGCCGCUACCGGAAACAAAUGGCUGUUAAGAAAUACUUGGCGGCUGUUCUAGGGAAAAGGUAUAAACAAAGGGUUAAAAGCAAAGGACGGCGAAUAGCGUACUUGUAGCGGCGAGUUACCAGCUAUCCUGUGUAUACAGUCCUGACCCAAUGAGAAGUCGUUUUUCCCAACUGACCGAACUGUCAUCGCCCCUGUGUUCUGUCCCACAUGUAUUUAUGUAUGAAGUCAAGCCAUUAAAUGAAUAUUUUGAUAAUAAUAUUGUUUUUCUUUUUACGAAGCACUAGAGAAUGCACAGAUAUACUU